CUCGGUUCUGCAGGCGGCCGCGUCCACAGAACCUAUAACUUUAACCACAAAAUGGAGAUUGAAGUGUUUUUGAUAGAUGCUUUCACCGAUGUAAAGUUCAAGGGGAACCCAGCGGCCAUUUGUCUUCUUACGCGCGAGCUGAGUGAUGAUUUGUACCAGGAGAUCGCAACAGAGAUGAACCAGGGAGAAACCGCUUUCAUCGCCAGGAUCAACCCAUCAGACUGCUUCACUACAGGGUCAAGGUUCAGCCUCAGAUGGUUUACACCCAAAGGUGAAAUCGACCUGUGCGGCCACGCGACUCUGGCCUCUGCAGUAGCCUUGUUCCAGCACAAGAAAAACAUCAGUCCUGUUCUGGUGUUUGAGACCAGGAGUGGAGACCUGUCUGUCACCCAGCAGGGUGACGGUUACGUCAUGGACUUUCCUCUCAACCCACCCAUCAAGCAGGAUCCCACGGAGUUCAAGGCUGUUAUUGAGGCUGCAGCUGGAAACCACCCAGUUCAGGAAGUUCAGCUGAGCUCCAACACCAAGAAGCUGAUGAUUCGCCUGGAUGACGGCUGUGACAGGUCAGCGUUGACCAGGCUCACGGUCGAUCCUGUCGCUCUGCAGAGCAGCGAGACCAGUGGAAGAGUCAAGGAAGUAAUAGUCACCAUCAAAGGGUCUGCACACGAGCGGUACGACUUCUACUACAGAAACUUCUCUCCCUGGUACGGCAUUCCUGAGGAUCCUGUCACUGGUUCUGACCUCACAGUUCUGGGUUGUUACUGGUCUAAGGAGCUGGGAAAGACCAAAAUGCUGGCUUACCAGUGCUCCAGUCGAGGCGGGGAGCUGGGACUGGAACUGAGAGGUGACGGAAGAGUCAACAUCACGGGACAAGCCGUCUCUGUGUUAGAGGGAACAAUCACAGUGGGACCAGACACACGCCAGUAACAAAGCAUGAAGUGCUUCCAGACUGUUAUUUCUACGGAAGGAAAACCUCCUUACUGAUUCCUCCUCCACAAUCCAACACUAACAACACCGAAAGACGAGAUGUCACUGCAUACGUUUGGUAUCAUUUAAUAACACAACACAAUCAUAAAAUUCACAUUUUAAUUUAAAAUAAAAUCAAAUACAAAAAGUAAAA